AUGAACCACAAGCAUACCGGCAGCGUUCUGCCUACUCUCGCUCCAGGACCUGGCGGUCCGGUUGCAGCCCAGACUCCAACACUAGCAAAGUCGCGAAAAAAUUCCACAGCAUGCUUGCCUUGUAAAGCAGCGAAGAGGAAGUGUAGCGGACGCCCCGCCCCCUGCAAAGCAUGUCAAACCACUAAGGCAGCAUGUCACUUCGAUGAAACCCUAGAUCUUAGACGCAAAAUCUCCGCAAGGCGCACUCAGACAGAGCUUCAGCAUUAUAAGACAUUGGUGGCCACCCUGUUCGAUAAGAUUCGAGAGGCGGAUGACUCUGAUACCGAUAAAAUCCUUGACGCUAUUCGUUUCAAUGAGUACAAAAAUGCUUUCAGGGCCUUGGAGAGUCUCGAGCUAAGAAGUACGGAGGAGAUCAAGGACUCAAGUCCGGAGAAAACCGAAAGUGACGAGGACGGAGACGACGAUAAUGGCGAAGCUGGCGACGACGCCGACGAUGACGAUGAGGGCGAGGGUGAAGACGAAGACAAGGACGAAGAUGAGGAUGAGGAUGAGGAUGAGGCUGAAGAUAAAGACGACGACGAUGAUGAUGACGAUGACGAUGACGAUGACGAUGACGAUGACGAUGACGAUGAAGAUGAGGAAGCAACUGAAAGAAAGCGCCUAAUCACUGAGAACCUAAUGCGCAUGACGAUUGAGAGACUCUGUGAUACUCCUCUAUACCAGGUACCUUCGUUCUGGACUAAUUGCGACACUGAUGAUUUCAUCGUUUCGCAUCUCGUGUCCUUAUACUUUACCUGGGACCACCCAUUCUCCCAAAUCCUUGAUCAAGAUUCGUUUUUGACCGACAUGAUGGUCGAACCAGAAGCUACGCCGCAAUUUGAGGAGUCUGAGAUGUCUUCGGAGAUUGAGUACUCCUCGAAAGUUGACAUCAGCCCAGAAAUAGACGAGAAUUUCCAGGAGAUCAAAGAUGACACGAGUGCUGAGGGCCCGCCAAAGUUGGAGCUAUCUCCGGACCCUGAAAUGUUGACCGACAUUAAAGAAGAAGAGGAGGAAUUAGGAGAUAAGUUGGAGACCAUACCGAGUUAUCAUGAGGAAAGAGAAUUUGAGAUAAAGCUGGGUUUUGAGGACGAGCCGAACUUCUGCACGCCACUUCUUGUAAACAGCAUUUUGGCAGUGGCAUCCGCAUAUUCCGACUAUGGUGAGACUAUUGUUGUCCAAGGCGUAAACGCAACACGCGGCCAAGAGUUUUUUGAGGAAGCAGAAAGGCUCUGGAAGGCAGAGGAGGGACAGGCGACGUUGGCCAAUAUUCAAGCUGUGACCCUGAUGAGCCGUUUACUGAUAAUGCUAAGUCUGAAAUUCCAGGGCAAGCGACAAGCCAGCUGGUUAAUGCUCAGCCAAGCUUUGCAGCUUGCGAAAGACAUCGGAUUGUUCGACUCUCUAGGGAAAGAAUGGGGUCCAGAUAUGCCGAUCAGAAGCAGACAUGUCUAUGCAGUUGCUGCAUGGGGACUGUACAUAAUGAACUCGGAAAUGUCAUUCGAGCGCGGCAGGGUCGCGGAGCUUGGGGCUCCAUGGUGUGAUCCUGAAAUAGCGUAUGGGUUCAGCGACGAGGUUGUAUGGUCAGCAUACCCCCGGACCGGGCAGGAUGAUUUCCAUGAAACGCCAGCUCAACUCAGUGUAACUCUGAGCAACACAAUCCUCCUUGCCAGAAUUGCUGUGAGGAUCCAGGAGUUCUUGUUUAGUGAAUCACGAAAAAUGUCGAAAUCUGCAAGGAAAACAGCGGCAGACGCUCUGAUAAGACAAGUGCAGCUCGUAUUAGAGAGCCAAGAGGCUUCAGAGACUCAACAACGGGAACUUCCACACGUCCUACUUGUGCAUAUCAAGUGCCAUCACAUCAUCUUGCUAUUUUUCCAGUACCUCUGGGACCACCAACGUUUGGAUGCAAGUCCCGAGAUGAUCCGCUCAUGCCGCUUCGAGUCAGCGAUGAAAAUUGUUGAGUAUCUUGGUGUAUAUGAAGCGAGGUUCGGAUUGCGUCGAAUACCAAGACAGAUGUUAGAACCUGCCCACCGCAGUUUUCUCGCUCUAUUGGUAUUUAUGGACGAUGAAGAGGUGUGGGAGCCGAUCAUGGACCUGUGCCGGUUCAUAAAGGCAUGCAGCACGAGGUUCGUUCUGGCGGAGCAAAUGUGCCUUCAACUCGCACAGCUGAGCAAAGUCCCUGGACUCAAUGUACCACAAGAAGUGCAUGCGAUGCUGAAAGGCAGGGACAAGGAUGUGCCUGAGGGGCUCUAA